AUGCAUAGUAGCAGUAGCGUGAUGCAACCGGAGCCGGAGGCUACUCAGGGGAUGGAACUGCCAACUUGUGCAUGCAAGCCGCAGCAUCCGGACCUCGAAGCCCCAGCCUCCCUCCACGCACAGUCCAAGGAGAUCAAUCCCUUGGUGCUAGGGCCACCUCCCUGCACGAUUCUCUGCACCGAGCACGAGCGCAAGACGCGGCGCAGUUCUAAGUCGUGUAUUGCGUCCUCGCCGGGGCAGCACCAGCGCAUGGGCGACGGAGUUGGGUUCAAAGUGCUGAACCUCGUAACUGGUUGGAACCUGCCACGGAGGAGCAGCACACAUCGUUGCUUUUGUGCAGCGGACGGUGACGUGACUGUGGAGCCUCAGCCUUUAUCCCUCGCAGGCGCGUCCACCAAGUGCCCUGUGCACACCCCAGCCUCUGCUAGCUCACCGACGUGGGGCCCCCGUGACGAAAAUGGGGUGCUUGUCGUAAGUCCAGACGACCGGCCGGAGGGCUUAGUGAACUCGCGCCGCAGAUACAGCAGGGAAAGUAAGCCCGCGGUGACCGGUGAAGAUGGCGUCCUCCUCAGCGAAUACGAGGAGGACCCGGCGGACGCGGCCGUUCGACAAACGCUGGCGCGCGUGCGGAGCAAGAACUGUGUUCUGCUGAUUGUCCUGCUAGUCAUCAUAAUUGUGCUGGCCGUGGCAGGCGGGGUGGGCGUUGGCUUUGUGAACAAACACUACACCACGUUGACGCAUCGUAUGUAUUUGGAAUCGGGAGAACGCAUCGUCCUCAACAGCUCCAUCAUGCUUCUGCGGAACUACCAUGAGACGCUGCGGGCGGAUGUGCGCAAUCUCCUGUCCUUUGUGCGCUCCUUGAUGGUCUCCAGGCCGCCGGAGAGCGUAGCGAUGGUGCAGAACACUCUGUAUCUUCCCUUUUUUGAAGCGUGGAGUACGUGGCUGUUCUCCCCCAGCGUUCCAUCGACGCACUCGAUUUACGUAUCCAUGUGCGGGGAACCCCCGAUCAACACCGUGGACUGCCCCAUCAUGGCGCUCGCUAUUGUGUGCAUGCCCAACAGCCCACAGGUGACGUGCUUUUACAUGCAUUCUGAUGAAGUGAACAGAUCGCGCAUGACCGUGAAUCGCAUCGAAGUCAACGAGUUCGGCAUUCCACGGAUAGGUGCCUUUUACAAGUACGAGCCGCUGAAGGUGAGCUACUUGCACAACCAGACCAGCAACGACUAUGGCUACUUCCUUGACCAAGGCUGCUCGGGCUCACUCCCACAAAAGGUGCACACCACCCUGACCAUUCGGCGGCAGAUCGUCAUGGGCGACCUCCUAAUCAUCUGCGACGCCAGCAGUUUCUUUGAGCGUUGGUUUCAGAGGUUCGAAAGGGGGCUGCAGAAAAAGAAAGACAGCCACUCCGUGCUUUUCGCCAGCGAUGGCGCCGUUCUGGCCUACGAGUGCGGCGCCGCGCCUCGCAGUCGAGAACUCGUCUCCCCGUGCAACACGGGACUUGUGCCGGACAACGGGCGCGAUUGCCGGGUGGACAAAACGGCUAUGAUGCACCGCAUAGUGGACACCUUCACCGAGGCAAUGCAGCGAAACAAGCUGCUGAAGCGAGGUAGGCAGCAGAAGAGCCAUGUGGCGCUCACCCGGAGGAUCGACGACUACAUUGUGGCCUAUCAGGACUUCUUGAGCUUUCGCGUGGGCGACGACAAGCUCGAGACCGUCUUCAUUGCAGCGUACGCUGCGCCACUGGACACCUCGCUGGGCCGCGACGGUUUUGUGCAGAUUUCCAUCUGCGUCGUCAUCAUCAUCAUCUGCAUGUUCCUCCUCGGCGUUGUUGCUAUGGUGGCCGUGAACCAGAUGAUGCGCGUGGUGGAAGUCAUUUCGCAGCUCUCCACGCACGCUGCCACGUACGACACGAAGCGGAUGCGCAGUGUGCUAGAUCGCCAGAAGCCUGGCAUGCUUGCCCGUGUCAUCACGUCCGCUGAUAUUAUCAACUGCGAGUUCCAGCACAUCUUAACGAACCUGAAUGCGUAUCGUCCGUUUCUGCCCCAGUCGCUGCUCACCAAGAGCAGCUACUCCUUCUCCGACGAGGCGCUGGAGCGGCCGAGCUCGCAUCGCAUCGACGUGGCCCUCGGCGGCAACGCCGCAGGCGACGUUGUUGUCGACAAGGACGGGGCGCCGGCCAAACCGCUGCCGCGGUUCCACCUGAGGAACACCCUCGAAGGCAGCGUUGCGAACCCGGUCGAGAACUGGCGACUCCUGCAGCGUGGCUUUCACCGAACGAAGUCGACGAUCCUCGUCGUGAGUCUCUCGAACGUCGCCCUGGACGCGGGCGACUCAGUGGAUGCGGUGAACCUGUUCGUGCAGACGGUGCUGAAUCACGCGGCGAUCGCCAACGGCGUUGUGGAGGUCAUCGAGUUCCAAAAGAUCGUCGUCUCCUUCAACUCGCACUUUCCAGUGCCGCGGCAUCAGGAAAAGGCCUGCCUCUGCGCACUCGCGAUCCGCGAGGGAUUCCGCGACAGUGGGUGCAGCAUUAGCAUAGGCAUUGCGUCGGGGUACAACUACGUCGGCACCACUGGCACGGAGCAGCAAAAGGCGCGUGUCAUCAUGGGUGAGAGUUUGGUGGUGGCACAGUCGCUGACCAGCCUCAAAAACUACCUCGGGUGCUCCAUCCUAGCCACCGACCAGGUGGUCUUUGAGGCCCUUGUGACGGCGGUGGCGGUGGAUGUGGUGCAGCUGUACUACGAGCAUAACCAUCAGUGGGUGCAGUACGGUGUGUCUGAGAUCAUUGGGAAUCGAUACGCCGUGCUUUCGCCCGAUAUGCAGCUCGUCAAGUCGGUCUUUAAGCUGGUCCGCUACCGCCAAGCAGAGGAGGCACUGGAGGCGGUGCGAAGGUACAUGGACGCCGCAGCCGAGCGGCACGAGGCGCCCUCGUGGCCGGCGCGUCGCAUUCAUGCCCUGGUGGAGCGCCAACAGCUGUUGAUCAAGAGCGGCUAUCGACGAAAACGCCUUCAAUGGCAGGCCCUCGAGGGCGAUGAGAUUAUUAUGAGCCACCUCUCCGAGGAGAACCAGUCAUACAACUCGAAGCGGCAGCCCCGUCUCAUGGCAACCGUCAGCACAGCCACAGUGGACUCCCUGGUUACAUUGUCGACCCAUGCCAAAGCGACCCCUUGCGAGUUCGGCUUUGUCUCCGGGGACAUGCUCAACGCCGGCAGGGAGGCGGAGCUCGCGCGAGCGUUGGUGGGCGAGCAGUCGAAGCUGAGCAUGUCGCGGCGGCAGUUGGCACCGAUACCGAGCUCAUACUUCAGCGAGGAUGCCCUCUUUCCGGUUUUUACCGUCAAGAGCAGCGACGGUGACGACGAGGAGAGGUCGCCAGUCUCAUCGAUGCUGUCGUCGCAGCGUGACUGCGGCACCGAUGGCAACGCGGAGGCCAGUGGCGCGGACUCUGAAGAAAUGAGGCCGGUGCUGCUGGUUGAGCCACAGAGGCUGCGCAGCGAGGGGCGUCAUGAUGUGCGCGUUGACGCUCUACUGCCGCCAUCCACAGUCACCACUUCACCGUUUCGACCGGCGCACGGCAUGAAGUACCCGUGCAUCACCCCUGGCAUCUCUUCGAUGCUGUCGAGCAGUCGCCAUCGCUCGGCGCUGGACCGCCAGCGCCAAAUCGCUCCCGCCCCUUUGCGCGGCGAUACUUGUCACGCGAGUGCCUAUGCGACGUCCAGCGCGCUCGGGGGCGGUGGUGGAGGAAAGCCUUCUAUUAGUGCUUCCCUCGCGACUACUAGUGCUGGCAACCUUGGCCGCACCGCGGACUCGGCACUCAAGCAGAGCAACGAGAACGCCGCGGGUUUGGCCAAGAUGCACUGUAGCUACAAACUGCCGCAGCGUAUCGUGUCGGUCAACGGCCAGGUGUUUCACCGCACCUCGCAGCUUGUGGGGCGCGGGUCCUUUGGAGAAGUGUACGUCGCCGUAUCGGAGACCGGAUCGCUUGGCGCCAUGAAGGUGUUUCCGCUGAACGACAACAACGCUCCACAGCUCAUCCGCGAGGUGGAAACGCUAUCGCUGAUGCGGCACGAGAACAUCGUCGGCUACGACUGCUGCGCCGUGCAGGACAAUUUCUUCUUCAUUAUCUGUGAAUAUUUGGCUGCCGGCACGCUUGGUUCUCUCAUUCAGAAGCUCGGGGUGAUCCCGGAGCGGGCGGCGCGCAAGUACGCGUGCGACGUGCUCUUUGGACUCGGCUACCUUCAUCAGCACUCAUGGUUGCACUGCGACAUCAAGCCGGAGAACAUCCUCGUGACCUCUGACGGCACGUGCAAGCUGACAGACUUUGGUGCCGCCUCACUGGGGCGAAGCUUGAUGGACGCGGUUUCCGUGCGCGGGACGCCGCGUUUUUCGGCACCAGAGGCUAUUCUGGGCACGUGGAACCAGCAGGCGGAUAUCUACAGCUUCGGCAUCACCGUCGCUCAGAUGGUGACAGGUGUGCACUCGUGGCACAAAUACACAGAGCCGGACCACCUCUUCGUCGCGCACUACGCGGGUGAGAUACGGCACAGCCUGCAGACGGGCAUGCCGUGCGCGAUGCAGCCCGACCUACCGACGAACCUGCAAGACAAGGAGCUGGAGAGCGCCAUCCACCGCUGCUGCGAGUUCGACCCUGCUCGACGCCCGACGGCGGAGGAGUUGGUGACGUUGCUUUCCUAG